AUGGGCGGUGCGUUGUUGCGUGUUGGUAAAAUGGAGGAUAAAUGGCGGGCGAAAUUGGCAAAGGCGAUUGAGACACCAGUAACGACGCAAGGAAAGCGAGCGUGGUUGGUCAAUCUCUUUGAGAAGUACGCCAUGUUUGUGUUGCCCUUUAUCACUGUUCUUCGUGAGGGUAUCGAGGGCAUCGUUUUCGUCGCUGGUGUCUCAUUCUCUGCACCCGCUUCUGCCGUUCCUCUCCCUGUCCUCAUGGGAUUGAUGCUUGGCGGCCUUGUCGGAUAUGCCCUCUACCGGGGCGGUUCAUCUGCGAAACUGCAAUAUUUCCUUGUCGCCUCAACAUGUCUUCUCUACCUCGUCGCAGCAGGUCUCUUCUCCCGCGCAAUCUGGCUCUUUGAGCAACAGCAGUGGAACAAGGUUGUCGGCGGCGAUGCCGCGGAACUCGGAGAUGGUCCUGGAUCAUACGAUAUCGACCGGAGUAUCUGGCACGUCAACUGCUGCAAUCCUCAGCUCAACGGCGGUGGAGGCUGGGCUAUUCUGAAUGCUGUGGUCGGAUGGAACAAUUCCGCUACAUAUGGAUCUGUGCUGGCCUACAACCUGUACUGGGUUUUUGUGAUUGCGCAAUUUUCGCUCAUGUCGUUCAAGGAGGAUCACGGACAUUACCCAUUGCUCAAGGAGGAGGAUACAAGGACUGAUUAA